GGCAUGCUUGCUGGGCCCUGUCCUUCUUGCAGUGAACCAUCUGCCAGAAUAUGCGGCAGAGUGGGAGAGACCGGGGCCAUACAGGGACCAACGAGAUCUCAGUCUGCAUUAGCUGCCAUGUAUUAGGGUCCCUGUUUCAGACCUGCCAUCAGUCCAAUAAGUAGUAAUAUAGGUCAAUGUGGAGCUCAGUCCAAUAUUUCUGCCAAGAACUGUAGGCGUGAAGCGGCUACAUGGGAUUUCAGGUUAAUUAAAUCUGAAUGGAUUCGUUUUAUUGAGUUUUCACUGUACUUCAACAAACUGGGAAAAUAUCCCUGACCACUUCUUCAUUGUGUGGCCAGUCUCAGCACAAGAAGGUGCUCCUUAAAAACCACUAAACUUCAGAUGUAGUUUCACCUAGAAAAAAAAGGCUCAGGGAUUGUUGUAAAAGAUGGAAUACGGGUGCCGUGCCAGAGGCUGAUAUCAAGCUGAUAAUUCUUACAGUCGACUGAAAUCCUUACCUCAGGUGUCAGAGAGAUUUACUGCCGCAGUGGAAUAAUCUUUUUACUCAGCAACAAUCCCUAAAUAACUAGGUUUUAAAAAAUAGCUUAAAUAUAUUUUUAAUUAUUUCUAUUUUUGAUAAAGAGACAAACAGCUGUAAUAUAUGGAACAAAUUGCAAAUUGCUUGAUGUGCAUGCCAUAUAUAUACUACUACUAAUAAUAAUAAUAAUGAUAAUAAUAAUAUACCAUCUAUAUUAUAUAAUGAGUAUUUAGCAAACAGAAAUGAUUAAACAGAGUAAAUGUAGUAGUACCGAUGUUUUUGCUAGACGAAAGGGCAGAAUUGGACAGCAGACAAAUCCAUUACAAACCUCUUUUCCUCUAGGUGGCACAAUGAUAGCAGACGAUUUUCCCUCAAAAAAAACAAAAUUAUUAUCGUUAAACUUUAGCUGAAUAUCAUCACUGUGACUGCUAUCCCGUCUUCACUCCUUGUUCCUGUCCUUCCUUGUUCAGGAAACUGUGAGCAGGGGUGUUGGAGGGGCGUGGAUACCCUUGCAGAUUCAGGGGCCCUAGCACAGGGGCCCCAGCACAGGGGCCCCAGCAGUCUACUGGGGCACCUGAAUACAUAAAAUUCAGUUUCACGGGCAUUCAUACUUAAAUGUGUAAGUCAAUUUAAAGUAUUUGAAGCAAAGUAUAGACAAGACUUACAUGACUGGUCAAUUAUGAAUGUGACAGACUUGUAUCAUUGCAUCGGUCAGUCUUUCUCUGUGUACUUCCUGUCUGCACCUUCUGCUACCAUUAACCAUUGUGUGGCUUAGUGAGCUGAGCCUCUCUGGCUGUGAUUGAAAGGUUGCCGGCUUGAUCCUGGUCUCAGCAGAAUAGUUAUAUGUCCAUGGGCCCUUGAGCGAGGCCCUAACCCCCCAGCUUUAUGGGUGUGGCUGCCCUUCACUGCCAAACCUGCUCUCAGUGAUACAUGUGUCUGUGUGUCAUAGCAAGUUGAUGUAGGUGAAAACAGAAGUUCCUCAUGGGGAACAAUAAAUUACAUGUCAGUCUUAUUACGAUUCAUACUUUACAGUUAUAAUUGAUGUAUAAUUUAUUGUAUUUGUAUAUUUUUAUUUGCGGCUGAUUAGAUGCUAAGUGCAUUUCAUUGGCUCAGGACAUGAAUUCAGCACACUAAGAGUUUUUACUGAUUAAUUUAGCAGUUAAUUAGUAAUUAGUAAUCAACUCUCAGUUACAGGUAUACAUUUAUGGCGUUACUUUUUAUGAUUAAAGUAUCAGUAUCUGUUUGCGAAAGAACUCAAUGUAAUGUUAAUCAUGUGAUAGAGUAGAUAAUUUUCUCAAGUUGCUGCCGGGAACACUUUCCUCACCCUAAGCAUGACGUAACCCCUGGUUGAAACCAAAUUGGAGGCGAAAAAGUCAUAUGACCGCCCGGACUAAUUCUGAUUGGCCGUCUAACUGAUCACCACCAAUGGAAAACUUCGAAGAGAUUGCGCGUGGUCUUAGUUUUGUUAUGACCGUAUAUAUUAUAUUGGGGACUUUUGACGGUUUUAUUCCCCUGAGAUUAUUGGAUGGCUCACAGUGUAGGUUGUCAACUCAAAAUUAUAGUAGCAUCUUAUCGCUUGUUUCGUGAUAACCGUAUAUUCGUCGGCGAAGUGUUUGGCUUACCAUCCAAGCAUCCACUCAUAACAGUCUUUCUCAUACACAGCAGUUGUUGGCGUGAGAGGUGGCUUUAUGACAAAUAGUAUACAAUACAUAAAAACACUUAACAAAUUUAGGUAUAGCGCAACACUUAACAUACACUUAAAAUUCCACUACUAUAAUACUUCAAACGCCUUUUUAAUGACUGUAUUUUGUGCUGUAACAUUCAUGUAUGCAAUACUAAAUAAUGAAUGCAUUUUUCAUAUAUAGCUUUAUUGUGAUUAAUUGUAUAGGUCUGCCUUCAUAAAUGAGAAGAACGCUUGUACUUUAUAAAAGUCCAACGGAAAUAUUUUGUAGGCCAAUGAUUAAUAAAUAUUCAUAGUACAUAGUGUGGGGCUAUAAAUCAACUAAAAUACACAUUUUUCAACAACAUUUAUGCUCACUACAUUGUCGUAGUUAAAGCUUUCAUUUGGUUCUUAUAGCAUUUAGUGGUGUGCCAGCGGUACAUAGAACUGGCCCUCGUCCUGGAUUUGAUAUGACCAGCAAUCGAUGCAACCUCGUUUAUAGAUAAAAACGUCUAAGCCAGGGGCUAGGAAUGCGAGGUGUGGCGUUAUUUAACUUUAAUCUUCCUUGUUUUGUUACAGAAAGUAACCUCACCUUGUGUGUCGUAGAAAAACAAUUCAUUCAUACCUACAAAAAAAAAAAAGUGGUGCAAGUUCUCAAAAACAAAUACAAAAACAGUAUUUUUAAACUGGAGUUUAAAAAAUCAUAAAAUCACUGCUUAACUGUAAUCUAACUAUUUAUUUAAUUAUAUUCACUCAAACGUUAUCCUUAAUUAUGAGACAAAAAGACUCUGCAGUUAACCUAUAUAGCAAAUGCACGUGCUCACUAAUAUAACUAGGUUAAACGUAAAGGCAAAAUAACGUGAACUAACAGCGGCCAUCCUGUUCGCUCUUCAAGAGGGCGAACUACAUACAUGACCAAAAAAAAAAACGGUCUCAUGAUAAUCGGUAGGGAAAAUUGCGUUGUUUGGGUUUUUUUUUUUGCGGUCUUGAAUUGCACGGCGACGUUGACGCUAUGCUUUUUGCACCGAUCCGGCGCCCCUUUUACGCUGAAGGGGGUGUGUUCAAGGCUCUUCGAUCGAGCCCUCAUCUGGAAAAUCCCUUCAUCCCGCCUUAAAAAUUAUCCGUCCACAGUCCAGGACCGCGGGUUCGGCUGCAAGGCCACGGCAGCUGGGGGGUGACCAUGGACUGUCCGGGAGUUUUAAAUAUGUAGGCAGGACGCACCAGGCAGUGAAUGAGCGGUCGCUGAAAUCGGUGCGGGCUUAAAUGGGAAAUUUGUUGGCCAGCUGGAGGUAUAAGGAGCCGAGCACAGUGGAGGAAUGCGACUCGACCUGGGAUACGGACUCCGAUGGCGAGGAUCAGGGAGAGGAGCGCGGCGACAGCCCGAUCUCUCCCCGGCAAUGUGAGCAGGCGGACGCGCCACAGCAGCACGCCGACCCGCACGACCCCGCCGCUAAGGUGAAGAGGAGCUUCUAUGCAGCCAAGGACCUGUAUAAGUACCGUCACAGCUACCCGAGCUACAAGGAGCCGCGGCAGCCGAGCGACUUCCGCAACCUGAGGUUCUAUCUGAACAAGAUCCCCCUGGUUCCCGAUGGUAUUUACGUCGAAGAAAUCCUCACGCAGUGGAGAGGCCACUACGACAAGCUAGAGCACAACCACACGUACAUACAGUGGCUGUUCCCGUUGCGAGAGCAAGGGCUGAAUUUCUACGCUCAAGAGCUGACUCAGGAUGAGAUUAAGGAAUUCCAGAACUCCCGCGAGGCCCGGCGCCGCUUCCUGCAGGCCUACGCCCUCAUGUUGGACUUCUUUGGCAUCAAGCUGCUGGACAAGAGUGGCAGCGUGACCCGUGCCCCCAACUGGCAGGAGCGCUUCCAGCACCUCAACGAGUCCCAGCACAACUAUCUCCGCAUAACGCGCAUCUUGAAGAGCCUGGGUGAACUCGGGUUCGAGGCCUUCAAGGCGCCUCUUGUGCGCCUCCUGCUGGAGGAGGCGCUGGUGGGCGGCACGCUGCCAAACAUGCGCCACAGCGCGCUGGAGUACUUCGUCUACACGCUGCGCGCCCGCUCCCAGCGCCGCGGCCUCCUGCGCUUCGCCCAGCGACACUACCUGCCCCCGGAGGAUUUCGUCUGGGGCCCCCCCCAGAGGAGGAGGGUGGGUGGGGCCAGGGCGAGGUCAAUCAAGGAGGCACACCCAAAGAGCCCCGCCUCCUCUCCACCCUCUGAGAGGGGUGGAGUCAUGGGAGGUGUAGCCAAGGAGGAGGUGGGCUGGGCUGCAGCAGACAAGCACAGAGGAGAGGAGCAUCCGGGAAGGGCAAUGAAAUUCCAGCAGGGCGGCGCCAUCAGACCACCUAAAGACGUGUGGGGGGAGGCUGGGUGUGCAGGGGACAGGCUUGAGUAUGGGGACUUCCUCCCCGUGUAGGAACCAGGUGUGAGGGAGCUCUGGUUACCAGAACAUUCCGGAAUGCCUACUGAUCCAUGCCUCCCCCAGAUGUGCAAUGUAGCCUUCCAGUGCUAAACGUACACUGGGGAACAGCCGUACUCGUUACUCUGUGGUAGCUAUUUUACUUAGUUAAUCUCUUGCCAUUGUUCUUCCCUAAGCACACAUGUAGGUAUAUAGAAAUUAUAUGGGCUACCUGAUUUCCCCUGAAUUUCAUCACCCACCCCCCACCCCCACCAUGAAAUAUUACAUCUAUCUUGUCUUCCUUCACGAGGAUUUCUUUGCCAGAAGUCUGAGUUAACGAUGCUGCAAGCUGCUUAUUGGCGCCGUGACCUUUGCGUUGAACGCGCUUUCCGUACGGCAUUAGAGUAUAACGGCCUCCCGUUUAGUUUCGUAGCUCCUGAAUGAUGGAUUCUGACGGAAUCCAUUGUCCGAUUUACACCUUCCGCCCCCAUGAUCGUGAUGCCCUCUGUGCAUACGUGCACCGUGUUGGGUGAGCGUGCGCACGCUUCGCAGAGCCCGGUCCGCCAUACAAAGUGCCUCCUUUGAAUCCCACGUAGCGGCCCGAGCGGGGGCCCAAGGCCCAGAGAGGGCCAGCAGGAUUUCUGGGGACUUGCGUCUUCCCAGGGAGGCUCCGCACGUGGGUCCGAUCCUUCACAUUGUAAAUCGCCGCGUAGUACUUCCAGAAAUGUCCAUGUGGGGGCACUGGAGUGGUGCGCGGUACCUGCCAGACUGUUAUUUACCCCGUCACAGGGCUAAUACCCCUCCAGUUCAACCCCCCGACCCGUAAUUGGAAGCAAGAGAGUGGGGUUCUGUUUGGGCCUGGAAACCAUGAUGCUCAGGGUAUACGAUGCUGAUCAGCCAUGUUUGGCUAACUUGGGGGUUUGGGGGGGGGGCAGCAGUGGAGAGUGGAUGGAGGUAUUCUUAGGGGUUCCAGGGAGCCAGUGCACUCACAUGCAGGUCUGGGUGUCACAGUGCUCGUUGCUGGAUGUGGGGGGGGGGGGGGGCAAAUGCUUGUGAAAAACAGGCCGACAAAAUAAAACGACAGAGUCCCGUUUUCCGGCAACGCUGUCCGCAACAUUCCCACACCUCCAAGAGAUCUCCAUGUAUGUGCCUCUUAUGUUCAUUCUCGAGUUUUUUCGAACAGUGCAGUGUUGUAGACCCUCUGCAUUUCGGUUCCCGGUCAUUGUAGCCAUCAUCUGGACUCGUCAGGUAUAACUUGUAUUUUUUAAUUCUGUACUCGUAUGCCAGUGUGAAAUGUGGCAGUAGUUUCUCUUAUUGCAUACUGCUGGAUUAAAGUAUUAUAUAUGGAAA